UAUAUCUCAUUUUAAUUAAAUUUGUGAGAUUCAAAACCCAUGUCUUCUAUCUGGUGUUAAGUCUGACGCCGCAAUCGUAUAUGUGUGUGUCUAGGUACCAUUAAUUUUGUAGAUUAAGUAUGAGUAUUUUUUCAACAGGAUACUGUUUGUGUUGGAUUCCUUUUCUGAACUGGAUAAUUACCUGUAGUCGAAGUGAUACGAUAUCUACACCUGGUGAUCCAAUUCGAACACCCACGGUUAAAGAAUCUGAGUCAACAAAAAAUAACAAUCAAGUAUUAACAGUAACUCCCAAGCAUUUUAAAACGACAACAUUUCCACAACUAUCAGGGUUAGAUGGGGAGCCAAUUAAUUCAAGCUCAAUGUUCACAGAACAAAAUAGCGGUAACACAAACAUUGGUGUGCUGAGAGACGCGUUAAACAAGACAUUGCACCUACCCUUUCUCAAAUGUUUACAAGAUGCAUCAUUGAACGAUUGUCUGUAUAUUUUAUCAACGGAAAUCAUAAUGUUAGGUAAUCAUGAUGUUUCACUAACUUCCCUAAGAGAAGACUUUUGUAUACUUCCAUCUAUUGAAAACAAUAAUUACACGCAGGUUCUUUUUGAGACAGGUGUUGAAAAAGUAGAUCUUUUCUGGGAGAUAUACAUUGAUGUUUUAAAUGUUGUCUUUUUUACAUUUGGGAGCAUAUGCAAUAUUGUGACUAUUUUAGUAAUAAUAUCUAAGCCUCGUUUUAGGAAACCUUUCUAUCUGAGCAUUUUAUCUUUAUCUUUGGCCGAUCUUCUUGUUCUUCUCAGUGACUUUUUGAUGGUUUCUAUCUACAAUGAAGACUUGUGCCAGGUUCUUUAUCAAAAGGAAAUCAUGCAAGCAGUUUCUUUUUCCACUUCUACAUUUUCUUACCUGAAUAUUGUGUUGCUAGCAACAGUUCGCUAUGUCACGUUUGCACAUCCUAUAAAAAGUCGCGUAUAUCUGAGAAACAAGUUGAUUUUAAAAAUCUCCAUGGCAAUGUUUCUCUCCAGUAUAGGAUAUGCCGUGGCGAUGGUGUAUGCCACUUGGUUCUUCCUUAUAAGAUAUGUUGGGAUAAUACACAUAUUAGAAGACGCUGUGUUUUUCCUCGGGUUCGUUAUUCUGAACGUCAUAUUUCUUGUUCGUCGAUUAAUAAUCGCAAAAUCAUCGCUGGCAUCAGGUCAUCUGAAAAAACGUAUGACCUGUGUUGUAUUGAUAAUAUUGAUGUUGAAUACAGUUGCUUCUUUAACCACAGUUAUUAGAGAUUUAUUUGAAUCAGGCUAUUUUGAGAAGGAAGAAAUGACCUUUCUAUUACCCUUUUUUAAGCAUUUUCUAUAUUUUAGUCAUUCUGUUAACCCUCUUCUGUACUUUUUUACGUCCCGGAGAGUAAUAAAAUUUCUUUAUAGUAAAUGUAUAAAGUAGGGGUAUUUCUUUAUUUUUGUAGAAAUCGUUUUUACAGAUAAUUUAUUUUGUUUAUUAACCUUGUUCGAAGCUUAAACAUUCUCUUGUUAUCUCAUUUUUCAAUCUUGAUAUCAAAAUAAUCAAAAAUGCAUAAAUUGUUAUAUUUUGGAGAAUAACUGCACCUUGUCAGACAUUUUUCAGUGUACGGAUGUACCUUUUUUUCUUGAAAAGUGAGUAUGAGAUGAAGUGUAAUAUGCAUUUUAAUGUAGAUGAUAAAACGUAAUGAAAAAAUAUAAAAAUUUAAGA